ACGCGUUUGCAUCAGUCGCAUGCUCCAGUAGUGCGUUUCAACUGCAGCACAUCGGUAAACUUGUUCCUUGUUCUCACUAAAAUGUUCGGUGUUUUUUUGCUAUCUUUUACCGGCUUAGUAUCGCUUUUUACAGCCAGCGGCGACUAUAUCCAGUACAGUAUCCCGAAAGAUCAACCGACUGACCGCGCACAGUACGUCCUGAUCGAAGAACCCUGGUCGGGGGGAGAGAGCAACCUGGACGCCUUGCGAAGCCAGUCCUUUCCAGAACUGUCACCGGGGGGUGAUCCCGAUGACAGCUUGCGGCCGGGGGAGAAACGAUGCCCCGUGGACGGCUAUCCGAACUGCCGUGACUGCGUGGCCGGACACAAAGCCAACAAUUUCGUGCAGACGCAGUGCUGCCAUGCCCACCACUGGGCCUGGCAGAAUAACCGCACACUCCGCGACGUUAUUCCCUAUUCUUUUCAUUUGUCACCGGUGACACACACUACCCCCUACGCGGAUCUUGAUAAAUACGCAAGUUGUGGCCAAAUUUGGCAAGAGGAUCCGUGCACUGGGGAACCCGCAUCCUCCGUUCCGGCGGAAGGCUACAUUCCUUGGAGCCAGCGCCGUAACAAGCACUAAGGCCCCUACUUCCGGCCAAGAUCCUCCCGAUUCCGCAAGCCAUACAUGCGUUCCCGUGGCGUUGUAAUGCAGCGAUGUAACCGUAGUUUGUUAGUGCCGCCAUUCAUGAUGCUGCUUUCUCUUUUACCUGUCUCAUGUUUCCGCACCGCACAUUAUAAUGAUCAACUACAAAUAAAAUGAACAACUUUGAAUGAAUGAUUGAAGCUUCUGAACUGACAUUUGUUCGCACACUGUUCUGACAGCUGUCACAUAAAAC